UCCGGGUUGGGCAGUGAAUGGGACUAGUAUGGGUGCUGCAGAAUUUGUGGGAUGCCAAUCGGGAUUUGCAAGCACAUCUGGAAGGAUACUAGGGACUCUAUGGGCCUGUGUGCGAAUUCUUGGUGGUUGCGGGACAAUACUUGUGCUCGCCACCUAACCAGCUUGUACUGCACUUAUGGGACUCUCCACGUCACCAAGUCAUACUGCAGUGCUGGUAUGUGAAAGACCAGGAUGCACUAGGCCGCUGGUGCUCGCCAGUUCACCAAAAGGUAACACGGCACUAGUACUGGCACUCUGCUACAUAUGAGAGUCAUUAACAUUU